CACCCCACCGGAACACACCCUCUCUCUUCCCCUUCUCCAAUUUCCAAUUCCAAAGAUCUGCAACACUCACUCACAUUCUCUCAUUUUCACAUGCUUUCUCUAUUCUCACCAUGACGGAACCACCACCCGAAUCAGCACCGUCCACUCCACCACCGCCUCCAACAUCAACCACCGUGAUCCAUCCACGUCGCGAACCUUUCGAACACGGUCUAUUACCGAUCCCAAAACUCAUCUUCUCCGAUCCCGCACAAACCCUAAUCUCAUUCAAACACAAGCUUCUAGAAUCCUCUUCGAACAACCGAGUCGGCUCCGUUGCGAUUUCCGAGUCGCUUCAGAUCUCCGUCGAACAAGCGAAGCUCGUUCUCGAUACUCUCGCUUCGGUUCUUCCUUCGGAGUCUGAUUCCGAAUCUGAUAGUGUUGAUGUGAAUGAUCUCGUUUUGUUUCUAUAUGUUCAAUCGUAUAAAAGGCUUCUGCCACGGACGCAUAAGGAUUCCGCCGCUGUAGCGGAUGUUUGGCCUUCUACUUCCGCUUUUGAUGGAUACUUGUCCGCUCUCUCGCCGCUACAGCUUGUGAGGAGCAACAGUAAGCGGUUUACUCCGUCGCAGGCUGAUGAAGAAGCACAUCAGUUGUCUUAUCUGCAAAAGCACUUGGCUAACAUUGUGUCUCUUCUAGCAGAGCCUGUGGAGGGAGAAAGUGAAGAAUCUCUGGUUUUAACCAUGGAUAGAUUCGAGCACCUUGGUUUUCUAUUUCAAUAUGGUGAUAAAGGAUCAGAGGGAAAUUCUUUGAGUCAAUCUUCUCCUUUUUUCGCAAACUCAGAUCCUGACAUGCCUGCCGUUCCCGUACCUGCUUCCCAAGUUCAUGACUGGCUUCUACAGAACAUAGCUUCUGCUUUGGAAUAUAUUGCUGAACGGACUUCUUCAAAAGAAAAUGGUCCAGUUAGUGUCUCUGAUCAGGAUGUUGCAAUGACUGAUGCAUCCACUGUCCCAGUUAAGGUCUCAACAAGUGCUAGGGGUGCAAGUCUCAUUGAAGGGAUUUCUAAAUCGUCAUAUGCGAAGCAUGCGUCUGACAUUAAAGGUUCCUCUGUUAAGGUUCUAAAUUGCCAUGAAUCUGCCAUUUACAUCUUAGCACCUUUGAGAUACGCCACCAUCUAUGGAUGUUCAGAUGCCACAAUAGUCAUUGGAGCAGUUGGAAAGGCUGUGAGAGUAGAACACUGUGAACGAGUUCAUGUGAUUGUAGCAGCUAAACGAAUUUGUAUUGCUAACUGCCGGGAAUGUGUUUUCUUUUUGGGGGUGAACCAGCAACCCCUUAUUGUCGGUGAUAACCAUAAGUUGCAGGUGGCUCCCUAUAAUACCUUUUACUCCCAGUUGGAGCAACAUAUGAAUGAAGUUGGAGUUCUGCCCUCGGUGAAUCGUUGGGAUGAACCUAUAGCAUUGGGAAUGGUUGAUCCCCAUGAUUCACUAUCUCAUCCAGCGGGUGUCUCUGAUGCUCAAGCUGAGUCUGCUGCUAGGGUGGACCCUGACCAGUUCACUAAUUUUGUGAUUCCAAACUGGCUUGAAGGAGAGUCCACCGGUUCUACUAAAGACAACCCUUUCACAUUACCAGAGGGUUAUAUGGCAUCUCAGCAAAGAAAUGAAAGAAAUUUAGGAGAGAUAAGGCAACUGUUACGUGAAGCACCUUUAGAAGAAAGUCGUAAACGAGAAUUGUCAUCUGCGCUUCAUGUGUAUUUCAAAGACUGGUUAUAUGCCUCUGGGAACAUUCGUCAGCUUUACUAUCUACAAGGAGAUUAAUCUUUGAAUGACGAUGCAUUUGGCACAGCUAAAGAUGGUACAGGACCAAUGUUUUUGAUUUUCUUUUUGAAUUUCAUUUUCAUUUUCUCUUGCCAAUUCUAUUGGUUCCCUAGGUAGCCGAGAUCAGAUGACGUGAAUUAGAAUGCCCACCUAUUUAUGCCGUGAGAUCACCGGUGCACAGAAUAGAAUGGAAAAUACAGUUGCUAAUCUGAUUGUAAUAUUGUUUGUUUUUGUUUUGUGAAAAUAAUUACUGUAAUAUUUUGUUAGCAUAAAUUAAUGGCCUUUGUGAAAAAUUCCACAUGCCAAGAUCCAGUGUAUUGAAUGUCUUCCAACUUCGAGUUUCUCCGUUCAAUUAAACCUUCCCGGAAUUUCUGCUGUGUCA